AUGUCUGCAGCCAUCGCCGCCAUGGGCAUGCUGCCAAUGAAACCUGAUGAUUUGGUAUGGCUUCUUGUAUCACCCUUGCACCACUGGAUGAAAGGCUUUGUGGCCGUUUGGCUUAGACAGAGAAAGCAGCUGUCGCGGUACCAUGCGCUGGUCAAGGAGCGUCUCAUCCGCAGAGACAUUCCUCUGUACAAACGCGCUCAUGGUACAGUUGGGCACUUGCUCAUUGCUGAUGCCGCCUUUCAGCCCCUCAGUAGCAACUGCGCUGACCAUCUGACUGAAGGAGCUACCACACGAAGAGCUGGGAUUCAGUCACUCAGUACAACACGAUCCCAUCAUAAUCACUGCACCCAUGCCGCCGAAUCCAAGAUGUACCUCGAGACUCUUGCUCCCAUGCCGUAUACGUUCCGCAAAGUAGGAUCAACAAGCUACAAGAUUCUUUGCGAGCCUGCAAGCUGUUGGAUGGAUCUGCUACCUACCGAUGCCAAGACGCAACUAACACACCGUACAAAUUUCGUUCAACAGGAAUAA